UUCUGCCCCAGCCAGCUCAUGCCUCAGUACCCGGGGACAGUGAACAGAGCCCUGGCUGGAGCCCAAACAUGUGGGGCCUGGUGAGGCUCCUGCUGGCCUGGCUGGGUGGCUGGGGCUGCAUGGGGCGCCUGGCAGCCCCCGCCCGGGCCUGGGCAGGGUCCCGGGGGGGCCCAGGACCAGUGCUGCUGCGGAACCGAAGGAGCUGGGUGUGGAACCAGUUCUUUGUCAUUGAGGAAUAUGCAGGUCCAGAGCCCGUCCUUAUUGGUAAGCUGCACUCGGAUGUGGACAGGGGCGAGGGCCGCACCAAGUACCUGCUGACCGGGGAGGGGGCAGGCACUGUAUUUGUGAUUGAUGAGGCCACAGGCAAUAUCCAUGUCACCAAGAGCCUGGACCGGGAGGAGAAGGCACAGUACGUGCUGCUUGCCCAAGCCGUGGACCGAGCCUCAAACCGGCCUCUGGAGCCCCCGUCAGAGUUUAUCAUCAAGGUGCAAGACAUUAAUGACAACCCACCUAUCUUUCCCCUCGGGCCCUACCACGCCACAGUGCCCGAGAUGUCCAAUGUCGGGACGUCAGUGAUCCAGGUGACUGCUCACGAUGCCGAUGACCCCAGCUACGGAAAUAGCGCCAAGCUGGUGUACACCGUGUUGGACGGACUGCCUUUCUUCUCUGUGGACCCCCAGACGGGAGUGGUGCGUACUGCCAUCCCCAACAUGGACCGGGAGACGCAGGAGGAGUUCUUGGUGGUGAUUCAGGCCAAGGACAUGGGUGGCCACAUGGGGGGGCUGUCGGGCAGCACUACGGUGACGGUCACCCUCAGCGAUGUCAACGACAACCCCCCCAAGUUCCCUCAGAGCCUAUACCAGUUCUCUGUGGUGGAGACGGCUGGGCCGGGCACCCUGGUGGGCCGGCUGCGAGCCCAGGACCCAGAUCUGGGGGACAACGCCCUCAUGGCGUACAGCAUCCUGGACGGAGAGGGGUCCGAAGCCUUCAGCAUCAGCACAGACUCCCAGGGUCGAGACGGGCUCCUCACUGUCCGCAAGCCCCUAGACUUCGAGACCCGACGCUCCUAUUCCUUCCGCGUGGAGGCCACCAACACCCUCAUCGACCCAGCCUACCUGCGGCGAGGGCCCUUCAAGGACGUGGCCUCCGUGCGCGUGGCUGUGCAGGAUGCCCCAGAGCCACCUGCCUUCACCCAGGCUGCCUAUCACCUGGCAGUGCCUGAGAACAAAGCUCCCGGGACGCUGGUGGGCCAGGUCUCAGCGGCAGACCUGGAUUCCCCAGCCAGCCCAAUCAGAUACUCCAUCCUCCCCCACUCGGAUCCAGAGCGCUGCUUCUCCAUCGAGCCCGAAGAUGGCACCAUCCGCACAGUGGUGCCCCUGGACCGCGAGGCUCGCAUCUGGCACAACCUCACAGUGUUGGCCACAGAGCUUGACAGCUCCGCACAGGCCUCCCGUGUGCAAGUGGCCGUCCAGAUCCUGGACGAGAAUGACAACGCUCCCCAGCUGGCUGAGCCCUACGACACCUUCGUGUGUGAUUCUGCAGCCCCCGGCCAGCUAAUUCAGGUCAUCCGGGCCCUGGACAGAGACGAGGUGGGCAACAGUAGCCGUGUCUCCCUUCAAGGUCCUCUGGGCCCCGAUGCCAACUUCACUGUCCGAGACAACCGAGAUGGCUCCGCCAGCCUGCUGCUGCCCUCUCGCCCUGCUCCGCCCCGCCAGGCCCCCUAUCUGGUUCCCAUAGCACUGUGGGACUGGGGGCAGCCAGCCCUGAGCAGCACUGCCACUGUGACAGUCAGCGUGUGUCGCUGCCGGCCCGAUGGCUCCGUGGCUUCCUGCCGGCCCGAGGCUCAGCUCUCACCCGCUGGGCUCAGCACUGGGGCCCUGCUUGCCAUCGUCACCUGUGUGGGCACCCUGCUUGCGCUGGCGGUGCUCUUCGCGGCCCUGCGGCGGCAGAAGCACGAAGCGCUGAUGGUGCUGGAGGAGGAGGACGUCCGCGAGAACAUCAUCACCUACGACGACGAGGGCGGCGGCGAAGAGGACACGGAGGCCUUCGACAUCAGCGCCCUGCAGAACCCCGACGGGGCGGCCCCGCCCAACCCCGGGCCGCCGCCGGCGCGCCGCGACGUCCUGCCCCGGGCCCGGGCGCCCCGCCAGCCCCGGCCCCCCGGCCCCGCCGACGUGGCCCAGCUCCUGGCGCUGCGGCUCCGCGAGGCGGACGACGACCCCAGCGUGCCGCCCUACGACUCGGUGCAGGUGUACGGCUAUGAGGGCCGCGGCUCCUCCUGCGGCUCCCUUAGCUCGCUGGGCUCCGGCAGCGAGGCGGGGGGCGCCCCGGGCCCCGCCGAGCCGCCGGACGACUGGGGGCCGCUUUUCCGCACCCUGGCCGAGCUGUACGGGGCCAAGGAGCCCCCGGCCCCCUGA